AUGGGCCAUGAAACAGCAGUGGACCUUACCAGGCAGGAUCAGGAGAUGUUUUCUGGAAUCGCACAGUUUCCCAAAAGACUCCCCAAACUCCCCAAGGUUGUUGUUAUUAAAAGUAGGUUGCCAGCUGAUGAGAGCUCCCAGGUGGUCAAUGUCUUGAGAGGAGUGCUUAUAGAAUGUGAUCCUGCCAUGAAGCAGUUCUUGCUGUACUUGGAUGAGUCCAAUGCCUUGGGGAAGAAGUUCAUCAUUCAAGACAUUGAUGACACACAUGUGUUUGUCAUUGCGAAGCUGGUCAAUGUCCUCCAGGAGCGAGUAAGGGAACUGAUGGACCAGAAUGCCUUUUCUCUUACCCAGAAGUGAAAAUACUAGCUGCUGAGCACAUAGGAAUUACAAACCACAGACAUGAGAGAGGCCCCAUUCAGAGUCUCCUACAGUGUGUAGACAUUUCAUGAGCAUUUUGUGGGGAAGGCUGCAGGGCCAUUGAUUCAGACAAAAGCCCCAACUGAUUUUUUUUUAA